UAGUCUAGUUGGUCAGGAUACUCGGCUCUCACCCGAGAGACCCGGGUUCAAGUCCCGGCAACGGAAAUCAAAUUUUUAUUUGUUUUUUCUGAACUGUUUUUUUUUCUUCUGCAAAAUUUGGCGGGAGAAAACCUAGGGUUUCAACCCCCAAAUCCCCAAUUCCAUCAACAGAAGGGAAAGCAAGCAGAGAGAAAAAACGCAGAGCACGAAAAAUGGAGAAAUCGAGAAGAAGAGCAGCGAGUAACAGAGGAAUAGAAGAGAAUACCUUGGCUAUCCUUGAAUCCUUUUGCGAGCAUGAUUCUUCUCAUGUUCAUGAUGAUCGUUUGGCGUUUUUGGAUGCUGUUCGGUUUGCUUCGAUUGUUCCCGAAAAUGGACCCCCUCCCACCAACAAGAUGAUGGAGGCAAUAUUUGAAAUUAUGAGGGAGGCGAAAUCGUUGGAACUUAUAGUAGUUUGUUACCAGCUCCUCUGUGAAUUAGAGAAGCACUUUCCUCGGGUUUAUUUGUCAAAUGGAGAGGAUAAGCAAGUGCCUUCUAGCAAAACUGCAGAGCUAGUUGUGUUUGAAAAGGCGUGGUUGCCGUUUGCUGUUGGCUCAGACGUGGCUUCGAAUGACAAGCAUGUGGCAAAAAAAGGAUCUAAGGAGCCUGUUGAUGCUGUUGGUUUCCACCUUCUGUUACAAAAUCUCUGUGAAUUGGCUAAUGAAACAGAAUCAUCAGAACCAAAGUUAGAGGUUUUGGCGAAGAUGGUUUUGUUUCAGUACCUAGUCUAUAUUUUUGAAGCUGACUUUUUACCUCGUAACCACAACUUUCUAGAGAACUCUGAUUGGAUUUCUCUUAGAGAUUCCUUGGUUAAUAAGCUUAUGGGGUCGAGGCGAAUUAAUUACAAAGACUUGACAAAAGAUAGCCUCUUUGUUCUGUGCAAUUUGUCCGUUGCCCAUACUCCAACAGAAUGUGAUGUGGAAACGACUGAAAUAAGCAUUCCAGAUGUGAUAGAUAACGAUAGUGAUUUAGCUUUCGCUCUAGCUCUGUCUUUCCCAGAAACAGUGAAGUGUACUCUUAAAGCUGUGCAGAAACUUCUAGAAGUGAUGAUGGAGCUGGACUUGUCAAGGAAGAAAGCGGAUACGCAAGGCCUCACUACAAGAGCAGAUGGUGCAAGAACCCCUGUUGUUGAGUUGAUUAUGGAUGAGCUCUCUUAUGACAAAGACUUGAUUUCUCCAUUUCUUCAGGCCUUCGAUAACCCUAGAUUGAAGCUGGAAAUAAUUGUUCAAUACAUUCAGAAGUACAAUGUCAAACCAUAUACUCGCAAGAGGAAGUCAGCUGACUCACAAGGUGAAGCAGCAGUUACUGGGUUUUUCAAGUGCUUCUUAAAUAGCACAACUAUAAAAGGCAUUGUUAAGAAAGUUGGUGCUGAAGCAGUUCAAGUACUGUUAGCACAAGUUCUUCAGGCUUGCAUGUCAAUUCCCAAGGAGAAGCUUCUUGAAGAGAUCUCUGAUUUAAAAGACGAUGGUGAGAGAAGUCCACUGGUACAUAUUUGUAAGAAUAUAAUCUCUGCCUUCACCAAGCUCAGGGAAACAGACGAGCAUUUGCAGAUCUUGCCUAUAGGGAAGGAAGCAUUAUUUACAGCAGCGAGUGUACUCUCUUCUAAAUCAUAGGUGCUUGCAGAUUCUUCCAGAAUUAACCUUUUGUACAAACUAGUUGUUGGACCGUGUGCGCUCCUCCAAGAUAUCAAAAUAUUCGGCCAAAAUGUUAUGUAAAUCACAAGCCUAAUUACUUGAUGAAAGUACUUGCAAACACGGGAUUACAUCUAGGAUUCGUUUCACUCUAGCACCGCGGAAACUUUCAACCUUGCAAAAAUAUUUCAUUAACAAUCUUUUUUUUUUUUGGGUACUUUUAAGAAUCUGUAUAAUGUAGAGUGUGUAUACAAACUUGAAAAAGCUGUUAAGAUUACCUAAGAGUGGGAAGAAUGAAAGGAGGCAGUACAAUCUUGCAUGCAA